AUGGACGAGGACUUUCUUCAUGCAAUUAAUGGUGACUGGGACUCGCUUGUCUUGGCCUUACGUGAGAACCGUGAGAUUGCUCAACGUACAGAUGCGAGCGGGAUGACAGUCUUGCAUUGGGUCUGUUUGCAUCAGGACACACCCACCGAUAUUGUAGUCAAGGUCGUAUUUGCCAACCCGUACGCUGUACAUAUGCGCAAUGAAGCUGGUCAUUUACCAAUUGACUUGGCUGUACAAGCGGAAUGUGGCGAGCGUAUACUAGAAGUCCUGCGCGCCGCUGCGCACGGGAGUCGGAGGCCACAUGAUGACGAGAGAGAAAUAUAUCAACAUGAAUAUAUGGACAAGGAUGAAGGUGAAGAGCCAUCGAAUGAGACUAUGGACUAUCAGCUGCCGUAUAAUAAUCAUACGAUCCUCCAUGACGAUGAUAUUCGUGACGGCUCGGAUUACCAACCACACCAGAAUCAUACCUAUUAUGGAGAGGAGGAUGACGACGCGAUGGACGAAGAUGAAUUGGAGUAUCAACAUCAUCAUCGGCAUUAUCAUUCACAAACGUUCCAGCAACAACAGUCUUUGUCUAAAGGCAAACUUGAGAGGAGUUUAUCGGACCAGGACUCAUUUCUUAACCCACCACGGGGUAAUUACGAGAGCAAAAGUAUGUAUGCUGGCUUUGUUUCGAAUCCUCAAGAACGGGACGACGGUGAAAUGCUGUCAAGAAGUGAUCCACACGUGAAAUCUCUAUUGACAGAGCAGCGACUUCGUGAGCGUGAGAACGACUUGAUCUCCAUUGCAACAGUUGAAGACUCAAUGCCGCUCAAUAUGUUUGAUCCAUCAAAGGGACCUCCUGGCAUGGCAAUGAUGUCAAGUUUUCACGUGCCCAAGGAAGUCAAGCCAAGCCAUGGCAAUGUCAAUAUGGUCUCCAAGAGUCUAGGUGCGGGUCCUCGAAGUAAGACGGCAUUUCCACCACGGUGGAAGCAAUCAAGGAUGUGUCACGUAUGUGCAUGUGGAUUCACACUUGUAAAACGCCGUCAUCAUUGUCGAAACUGCGGUCAAAGUGUCUGCAGUCAGCAUUCGACAAAUCGCGUGUCAUUGCCAAAAUUUGCACUAUCGGAGCCACAACGUGUGUGUGAUCAGUGUUUCUUGAGUGGACAUCACAUUAUGGUGCCAAGUCAAAGAGGUACACCAUCCAUUGCUAGCUCUUAUCAGUCUUUACCAGCUCAGUUACAGCAAGAGGAGCUACAGCAUGAGCAGUACCAGCACGCUCGCUUUCGAUUAGAGCACCUUAACCAUCAUUCAAACGUCAGCGUUAGUAUGGUCGACAAGGAGACAACUGACGAGGAACGUGGUUGUUGGCAAAAGAAGGCAGCAUAUGAGCAAUGCUUUGACAAAUGGUACACGGACGUGUUUUUGCAACAGAAAGCACAUGGCAAAUUAGGCUGUCAAAAGGAAUAUGAAGCAUAUACAAGCUGUUAUAUGAAGGAACUGAAGAAGAAUAAAAUACUCAUGGAAAGUAUCAAGUCAGUCAUGCAAUUAAAUGAGAAGGAUACAUACGGAGGCUCAUGUAAUUGA